ACGUAUUCUUUUCGCCCUGAAUUUGAACGACACACACAAGACACAGAAAGGCGAUGGCUUCGUUCGACCGCAAGUUUCGCCGCGGACAAGUGCCGGCGUCGCCGGCGUCAUCCACGUCGUUUGCGGCCACCAUGGGCAGCCCACAGCGCGGUGGGCUUGGCAUGCAUCAGCAGCAGGAGCAGAAUCAGUCAAUGUAUGGCCAGGGCGCGGGUCUGUCCUCGCCGCAGCAGCCACAUCAUGACACCGGCAUGUUUGACGGGCCCAUGUCGUAUCAGCAGCGAAGGGAUGAACCCCGUUCCACAAACUUUCUCCUCAGACCAAAGCAACAACAACAGCAACAGCAGCGCCAACAACAGCAGCAGCAACAGUACCAGCAUGAGCAGCAGCAGCAGCACCUGUCUGCGUCCCAGCGACCAAUGUUUGGCGGUGACAGCGGGUCGCUCUUCUCACCGCACCCAUCCUCGAUGGGACAGAGCGAUACAGACGGCGGCAGCAGCGGCGGGUAUCACUAUCAACAGAACCACCACCACCAGCAGCAGCAGCAGCAAGGGUUUGAUCAGCAUCACAGCAGCAUGUUCUCUACCUCCUACGCAGGUGCAUACGGCCAACAGCAACAACAGCAGCAGCAGCAGAAUAGGCCACUCCGCCCAAGUGGGUUGCGCAACGAACAGGGUCUUGGCAUGAUGGGUAACGGUGGUGCGGUAACGCGGACCAAGACCUCCUCACACGUCGACCCGCCUAUCAGCGGUCUGCACGACACGGAAUCUCCCGUCUCUGCCACACCCUCCAUGCAACUGCCAACCACCGCAACAGCAAUACCGCCACAGCCAUCAUCGUCGUCAGCAUCAUCGUCACUGCCCCCCUCAUCCACGGGUGUGCACUCUACAUCUGUCUUUGGCACUGCGGACGCCAUGGCGCCACACGACUCACCGCUGUCGCGCGUGCCAACACAUGUCCAUGCCGGACCCCACACGCCGGCCCGCUCGACACACCACGCGCGCGCCGGCGGGGGAGAUACGUGUGUGACGGUGUUUGGGUUCACGCCGGAGCAUGCUGGGCACGUGCUGUCGGAGCUCGGGUCGUGCGGAACAAUUGUCCGCAAGCAGCACGGCGCUGGAAAUUGGAUCCACAUCCAGUUCUCGUCCCGCAUUGAGGCGCAGCGGGCGCUGUCGCGGAGUGGGCACGUGCUGCACGGGCGGGUGAUGAUUGGCGUCAUCCCCUGCACCGACGAUGAUUUCCUCAGCGGCGCAGGGCAGACCACGCCAACCACCCCUGGCGUGCUCGGUACUCCAAUGCACAAGAAGACGCCACGCAUUCUCGGAACAAAGAAGUCGACUGCGCCCGGGACGCCCGGUGGCCCGACGACGGCAACGGUGUCGCCCUCCCGCUCGUAUAUUGGCGCUCUCGGCGACUUUUUGUGGUCGUGGUGAUGGGUGAUUGGGUGGCGGCUGUUCUGGUUUGGAUUGGGUUUGUGCUAGUGGUGCUUCGUGGCUAUGUCAACUGGCCGGUGAUGGCGGAUGAUGGUGAUGAAUAAUGACAGACAACGAUGACAUGCAAGCGCGCACCAUGACACAGACGCGCGAGAUGGGUGGUCUGGGGAGUUGGAAGGUUCGUUGCACUGAUGCUUGGCUGGGCUUUGACGGCGAUAGCGACAGCGCGUGUUGGCCGUGCUUUGGGCCCUGUGUCCUGUGCCUUGCCUUGCUUGUGGUGUUAACCAGUGAACAGUAUGCAUGAGUGA